AUGGAAGGCAUCGGGAAGGGGUCGGGGGGGAAGAACAAGGUGGGUACUGGAGAAACGGAGCUGGACUCACCUCAACGCCUCGGCCUGGUGCCUGCGGAUGUGAGAGGGAGAGGCAGACAAAGAGAGACAUCAUCGAGACAGACCAAAAAUAACGACGCAGCAGCCCUGCAGUACCUCGCUACUGCAACAGAUGCGGCACAUGCUCUCUCGGCAGCCUUAGGGCCUCCCCUGGAACCACGUAUUGCUGCCAACGGCACUAUUCCAGAUCAAGGUAGCCUUGACAGUGUCAGGAAUCUCCCCAGACAUGAAUCCCCGGAAAAGAAAGCCAGGACCAGUAAGAUGCCCGCGGCCCCCUGCUUUGGCAGCGGGAGUGCACCGAGUGCCUACCCGCCACUGUUUCAUGGAGUGCAAGCAUCUGCCCUGCCAGGACCUGCCACGCCGGGGGUCCCCCACCCCGUCGUUGCGCUUCCCCCUGCGAGGACAGAGCCGGAACACUUUGAUCUUGACGAACCAGGCUGGCUAGGAGGGUUGAAACAGCAACUUCAGGAGUUGGUUCAGACUCAACAUAACAUGGCCACGCAGCUCCGAAGCCUACAGGACAUCCAGACCGAGAUACGCACACUAAGUCAUGGACAGUCAGACCUGAAUAGACGUGCGGAUGAACACGAAUUCAGCCUCAAGCAGAUGCAUGGAGAGCUCAAGGAACUGGAGCGAGAGCUGACGGCCCUAAAGUCCGCCCCCCCCACACGGAGCGUCAGCCCUGCACCUUCUGUCAGGGGAACGCCUAGGUCCGAAAUGCUUAGUGAUCGCGAGGUGGACGAACUUCAGAUAGUCAUCGGAGGCUGGAAUGAAUGCCGUCGCGAGGACAUUGAGUCCGAAGUGAGAAACAUUUUCCAUGCCAUGAAUGCAGAUGCCCUGGUUAAGCAGGUGUACGUGCCAUAUGUUAGGUGUGGCUACUGUAGAGUAGAACUGCUGUACCCAGAACCCAACAUCUGGGCACAGCGGAAACUUCAAGGGAUUGUUGUGCAAGCCAUCAAAGAUCUGCAGUAUGUUUCCACCAUCUCGGGCCAACAGCACUGCAAGUUCUGGGCAGCCAGGAACAGGUCCCUUCAAGAAAGGGCGAAGGUCAGAGCGAUACUUAGCACACAAGAGCUAUGCAUUAAACAUGUUGGCCCCGCCAUAGUGGACAAGGAUUGGCGAGGAAAGGUUUGGGUCUCCAACACCCAAGUCCUGCAUCACGUCGACACCAAGGUCAUCAACAUGGUGCCUCUCGAAAUUGCUGGUCUCACAUGGAACUUACAUGGCAAAGGGAUACAACAUGUGUCUACCCUCAUGCAAGGACUUGAGGCGCCGCCGGACAUUUUCUUCUUGCAGGAAAAGGGAGAUGUGCGUGGGGUUGCAGAGGGAGCUUCUCGUCAGGACACAUCCUUUGUGGCAGGACGGGAAUACCAGGUCUUCCUGGCGAACCCACAUUAUAGUCACAGAUGCUGUGCAGUUUUGAUAGCGCUGGAUUUGGAAUUCAUGAACCCGCAUGUGCAUGUGCAUGAAUUUGGUGUUUUUGUUAAGGGACGCAUGAAUGCAUGUGCAUGGUGUUUUGCAAGCCUCCAUUUUCCGCACCAACAACGCAGUGACGCGCCUGACACCUGGGAGAAGGGUAUCAGCACGCUGUUGGGAUGGUUAACGGGAGAGUCCUGGGAUACGAACAUUUUGAUUGGGCAUGACUUGAACCAGGACCUGCAUGCUGAAUUCGACGAAUUUGCCGGCAUGUUGCACUACAGGGAAUUUGUUUUUCAGAUGGGCCUUCAGACUAGCCCCCCCUUGGGGGAUACCUGGAUAGCCAGGGGCAGCUCGUCAGCAAUAGAUUUUUACCUUCACCAGAUCCGAGGUGCAGAGCUGCGUUUCGUUAAGAGGGAAGAUCUGCGAAUAAGUCUCCCGUCGGAUCACAAUGCCAUCCAGGUGCAUUGCUCUUUUCGAGGCAAGAGGCUCUGGGAAGAGCUGAUGGAACAAGAUGUGUGGGACAAUGACUGCAUCAAUCAAGCAUUCCGGGAGCCCCAGGAAAUCCAUCAAUUGAGGAUUGAUGCGAAAGUGGCCCACAAAGAAAACCUCCUGCAAGAGGCCCAGGCCGCCGAAAUGCUGUUUUCCUUCUAUGCAGAUAAGUACUCAGUCCUCAUGAAGCGUGUACAUAGGACAGCACCGGAUCACUCAGGAGCCGCGUACAUAGCCAAAAUAGACAUUAAGGCAGCGUUUGACAGCCUUUCCAGGACGAGCAAUGCCUAUUAUGGCUUUAAGAAACUGAUGGAUUCGGGACGAGCCCCCGUCUCGACACGGCUGCUGAUUUUCAGCACCUUCAUAACGGCCAAGUGGGCCUGGGCGGUGUGGCUCACGCGCAUCUGGUCCUAUCUCGGCCAUUUGGAUCGCAUCAGUCCCUCAGAUGUCAGGCCCUCGUGGGUGGCAGAUCUCUUAAUUAGAAGGGUUCAACGAAUAUACGAUCAUUGGGACUGGGCAAGUGAGUGGCCCUCGUGGGAACUGAUGGCGAAAGACCGCACCCAGUGGAACAGCCAUGCCCGCACUUGGGUACGACACUGGACGAUGUCGGACACAGAGGGAGUGGCCACCUUUGAGUACCUGUAUGAUAGGCAGCUCAUUCUGCUCAAAGGUAAGAAAACGCUGCUGGAUUGUCUUUUCCGUCCUGCCAAGGAUUUCACAGACACUCCGUAUACCACUCCUUUGUGUGUGAUUAAGCCAGCGAAGUUGGGUGGACCAGUGCUAUGGGCUAAGGCCAGGGAUCAGAAGGGUAGAUACCCUGAGGUGCACCAAGUUGCGCAAGCACUGUUGCAGGACCAUCAGGGACCCGUGACUUUUGGAGCUUAUGUGCGAGUCAAGUCGGGAAUUCGUUCUCAGACAUACCAGUACCCGGAAACCUUUAAGCUUUUCACGGCGUUCCUUGCGGAUGAGUUUGCUGGAGAUGCCUUCUUGACAAUCCAGAUUCAAAGAGACGUCGAGAAAGCCCCGCAUAAGGAUCACAGGAACUCCAGUCAUCCAACGCUGAUCCUGAACCUCAGUCAAGGAGCCCCUGGGGGGACGUGGGUCGAGUCACCCCAAGGCACCAUGGCCAUGAGGUGUGCAGACGGGGCCAUGCGCAUGGGCCAUGUCCUCACAGGACACCGAUACCGCAUCAGCGCUAGUCGGCUCUGGCAUGCUACUGUCCCCAGCACUGAGGAACGAAUACUGCUCCUAGGCUGGGUUCCUGCAGGUUGGCACAAUCUUGAGGACACGGCCAGGGCCACCCUGGCAUGCCUAGGCUUUGUCAAGCCGCCGAACUUGGAAGGACCCCCGACAUCACUCACGCUUUGGCGUGGGUCCGCUGAGGUCCAACGAAGACUGGAGGAUUUCGGCAUUGUUCGACAGCCAUGUUUACAGUGGAAGCACGGAGUUUUAAGGCAGGAACGGCAUGUUGUGCACAUCUGCCUCUCUUCGGAUGACGAAAGCCCCACUGGAGAAGACGAGGACUCUGAGGACGUCGUUUGCAUGACCGCAUGA